AUGACACAAAAACUAUCAAUAAAAAAAACUAUGGAAGAACUACGUAAAUAUAUUAAUUACGAGGAUUUAAAAUAUGAAACUAUAAAAUUUGGAACAAAUAGUGGAUCAAAAUUAACAUUUUUAAAACAAGCAACCAACCCUGAAAAUAAUAUGGUUAUUAAAAAAAAUAGUUUUUUUGAAACUAAAGAAGGCUAUAAAACACAUAACCUUGCUCAUGCAAUGGUAACGAUUUUAGCAUUAGAAGUACUUGGUAUAAUUGUAGAAUUGGAUGAAAUUACACAUCAAAAUAAAACACCUUUGGGAGUCCUCAACACUUUUGCAAGUAAAAAGAAAACAAAUGUUAUUUGGGAAGAUAUAGAUGGAUUUAAUCAAUGCAAAAUUACUUUAAUAAAUGAAUCUAACGAACCAAAAGUUUAUAUUGGGUCUCAUUCAUUACAAUCUGGUGAUAAAAAAUACCAAAAAAACAAAGCUGCUAUGAAAGUUUAUAAACAAAUUAUUUUUGAUAUUAAUGAUGAUGAAGAAUUACAAAAUUAUAUGGAGUUAGCUGUAGGCGAAGAUAAAUUUGUUUUUGGAAAAAAAACAAAUUUUCAAGAGGACUAUGAAUUAGAGUUAAAAGGUAAUAAAGAUAAAAAUGUUAGUAUGAAAAAAAAAGAAGUAAAUAUUGACGAAUUGGUUAAACAGAUUUGUGGAUUUUUAAAUUCAAUAGGUGGAUCAAUUUUUGUAGGAAUUCAUGAUGACUCCACAGUACAUGGAAUUGAGCUUCAAGGUUCUAAUUUAGAUGAUCUUAAACUUGCAAUCCAAAGCAAAGUAUAUGCCAAAAUCACCCCAAUGCCAGCAAAUUACCUACUAUUUUAUUUCCACAAAGUAGUAAAUCCAAAGAAUGAUGGUCUAUAUGUUUUAGAAAUUUUAAUAAAAGACACUGAUUAUAAAGAUUAUAGAUUAGGUCAAGAUAAAUUAAGAUUUAAAAGGUUAAAUGGUAUUAACCAAGAGGUGCCACUCCCUGGAACCAUUUCAUAUGUUUAUAUUAUAAUGGGGGGUUUAUUAUUUAUGUUUCUAAAAUCUAAAGGUUUAAAACAUUUAAUAAAUUCAAUAUAA